CCUUCACAACAGCGACGCUUUGUGACAAUGAUCAAUCGUCAUGGCUCACCGUCGCUGUCGCUGCGCAUCGUGCGCUUUUCGCGCGACGAGGACAUUUUUCUUGGUGACAUCAAUAUGCUAACGACUGUAAUUCUAGACGAUUAGCCAGCGCGAAGAAAUACGCCUGGCUUCUCCUUCAUCUCGUUUCAAGAUAUUGUGGCAUCGACAGAAUUAUCCUCAGUCCCUGGCGAUCGGUGACAAGCGUCGCGACCCCCUUCAAAAUCGCAAAUUAAAAAGACGACGCGCGCCCAAAUCCCCACAAUGAGCGCCGCGAACGAAGGCCAGGAUGGCGAUGCGAAUGGCUCGAUAACGUACCCUUCACCGAAUGCGGAGACAGGCGACGCUGGGCCGUUCUAUAACACAGCUUCCCAGGAGCACAUGGAUGAACCCGAGGAUCGUAAACAACCCUUCGACGACGAGCACGAUGUAGCGCAGCCCCAAGACCACCACCAUCAUGACCAGGACCACAACCUGGACGGUCAACAUCAGGAGCAUCAGCACCAUGAGCACAUGCAGACAGAGAUGCAUCAGCAUGAUGCGGAAGGGUCACAGCAGCAAAACGGUCGCCCCCCUAAUAUCGAGGAGCUCCAACUCGCUGCGCAACUCGGUCACACAAUCGCCUCGACGCCACUCCUACCCAACACCGACCCAAACAUGAAUACGGAAGAUUCGAACUUGCGCCAUAUCAUGCCGCAUCCGGAACAUCAGCCCGAACAUCAGCAGCCAGCCCCAGAGCAACAGCAGCAUGAGCAGCCAUCAGAGGAACAGCCACAGCAACACCACCACCAACAACAGCCGCCGCCGCCGCCAGAGCAACACCAUGAUAUCCCACAGCAGCAGCAGCAGCAGCAGCAGCAGCAACAACAACAUCACCACAACCCUGCUUAUAUGCAGGGAACGCCAACGUCGGAAUCGAUGUUGUCGCACGGCCUUCCAGUCUCGAUCAAUGCCCAACUGCAGCCGUGGAAUCCGCUCACGAGUGAUAAUGUCCCUCCACGCAAAAGGUCAAAAGUGUCCAGAGCGUGUGACGAAUGCAGAAGAAAGAAGAUCAAGUGCGAUGCUCAAAAUGAUGGUGUUGGCGACCAACCUUGCUCUAGCUGUGCUCGCUCCAACAUCCCCUGUUUAUUCAGCAGGGUGCCUCAGAAAAGGGGCCCCAGCAAAGGGUACAUCAAGGAAUUGGCAGACCGUAUCAACAGCAUUGAGAGCAAGCUUGAGACAGAUGGUGGCCUCACUUCGGAGGAUCUGUCUGGCUUAUUCGGCGAUAGGCCUCUCCGCCAAAGCAACUCGGCGGAGGAGUCGGGUAGGAAGCGGCCUUACUCGAGUAUAUCCGGCGGCGACAUGGGCUCGCCCCUGGCAUCUAGGAACACUCCCUGGGGCCCGCGCCAGCUCCCGUCUGCACAGAACCAGGCGGACAUGGACGCAUCAGAGCCAUACACCAGCGCUUCCUUGGCUCCUCAGCCCUUGCCCAUACCUUCCCACGAUCACAACGCAGCCGAGGCAACCAUGGAUCUCUCACUAGCUGACUGGGGGGAUGGGCCUACCGUCGAAGAGGGCGUUUUCCAAGACUAUCUCUCGACCCUUCAGACGCUCUACCCGAUCCUGCCGAGCAACCUGCCGCGCAUGCAAGAGCUCCUGCAACAAUGUCCGCAUGCCGUCCGGACGGCUUUUGCCCACGCGCUGCUAGCAGUUGCUCAGUCUUCCUCGGGGAACGUGCGGCUUGCCAGCACUCUACUCGCAGGCUGGGAAAGCGAGGAGUCACCGAGAACACCCAUCAUCAAUCUUGUGCAUGUUCAGACGCUCUUGUUGUUGAUCAUUGACGCCGACUGGCGCGGGUCGCCUUCGAUGCCCUACCUCAUGGGCCGGGCUGUUGUGCUAGCCAACGACAUGAAGUUGUGGACAACCAAGAGCUUGCCCGAUGAUCUUCCACCGGAUUCCCAGGAUGCAUUGUGUAUCCGCGUGUGGUGGUCGCUUAUCUUGAUGGAUCGAUGGCAUGCAGUGGCCACUGGCAAGCCUGUGUUAAUACCUGACCACAGCGCUGUCGUUCCUCGGGGUUUGGACACUGUCCUCAACGAGACCUGCUUCCACCUUGUUCGCCUAUCUAAUACCUUGGGGGCCAUAUCCGAAGUGAGCUCGUCGCUACCACCAGGCGUCACCGUGGCCGAAGCGCCCGUGGCUAGUAUCCUGUUGAAAUAUGUGGAGCAGUACCGACAAGACCUCCCAGAUCACGUCGUGCCGUCGACGCAUCCUUUGGUGCAUCUCGCAUACUGGCAUUGCAGGCUCGCUGUCACGCUACUGUCCCCUAAAACAACGACACCCGGCAUCAUGUGGCCAAUGGAGGAGUUGAUCAAGCUUCUCUCUGCCAAUGCCGACAUGCGCAAUCCUCUCGCCAAUCAUUUUGGCGGUCUGGUGAUACUAUCUCUCUCCCGCUUGCUGAACCACGAGGACUCGCGCGAGAAGGCGACCACGCUCAUCAGGGAUCUUGCGGAAAGGCCCGGUGGUGUCUGGGACGGCAUCAGGGACAAGCUGUCGGAUCUUGUCCGCCCCACGUCCUCGUCGGGCGAUGUUACACUUCAGCACCUAGCUGAUCUGGCAACGGCCUCUACCCAAGAUGAAGCGGGCGCAAAUGACAUUGCCAAUGGAGAUGAAGCUUCUGUGCCAAUGACGCUUGAUUAGUCGACGGGGCGCACUGGAAUUCUGGGACACAUCGAGUUUGUAUGACUACUUGGGAUUGUAUGAUAUCUAUAAUAAUUGUCAUGGGUGAAAGCGGACGGCAACGCGCGCAGCAUAGCGCAACGGGUUUCUGCUUGACACCAUAUAUAUCUAGUACAUGUGUACGAUGAGACCUAUGGCCAUGGUCUCUAGGUCCGUCUCGUUUAAAAGGUUAUCAUCAGGU